ACGAGUAAUUAACUAGAGAAAAAGAGUGAGAAUUGAAGUAGAUAGAUCUAUCAUAAAGAUGAUGAUGAUAAAAGGGAUAGCAGUGUUGGUGUUUAUAGGCUACCUUUUCCUAUGGGUGAUCACACCAACCUAUGUCUAUAAGCAAAAGUGGCUGGUCAAGAUUCGAGCCCAAACAACUUCUACUUACUUUGGUCCUCAAGGGACAACGAUGUUGCUCUACACAUUCCCGGUUCUGUUCAUAGCCGUGGUGGGGUGUGUAUAUCUCCAUUUCAAGAAAAAGGCUAAUCAAAACCGUGAUGAAGGUGAAAAAGGAGCAACAAACGAAAACUUGAGUAUGUGGAGAAGGCCAAUGAUCAUCAAAGGACUAGGAAUUGUCUCCAAAAUCGAGCUCGCUUUCUUUUUCAUGUUCAUCGCUCUCCUUGUCUGGUCUUUUGUGACUUACCUACACGUCGGUUUUGCCAAGAUUACCCCUCAAUCCGCCGCAAAAAAAGGAGAGCAAGUUUGGCAAUCAAAGUUGGAUUCAGCGGCUCUACGGUUAGGCCUAGUUGGCAACUUGUGUCUAGCUUUUCUGUUUUUCCCGGUGGCAAGGGGAUCGUCGAUAUUGUCCUUGUUUGGGCUGACAUCGGAGGCGAGCGUCAAGUAUCACAUAUGGCUGGGCCAUAUUGUAAUGACCCUCUUCUCUGCUCAUGGCUUUUGUUACAUUCUCUACUGGAUCGUAACUAACCAGACUUCAGAGAUGUUGAAAUGGGCCAAAACGGAUAUAUCAAACGUAGCUGGAGAGUUGUCUUUGGUAGCAGGGCUGAUUUUGUGGGCUACAACGUUUCCUAAAAUAAGGCGAAAGAUGUUUGAAGUCUUCUUCUACACUCACCACUUGUACAUCCUCUUCGUUGUCUUCUUUGUGUUCCACGUUGGCAUUUCUUACGCCUCCAUCAUGCUUCCUGGAUUCUACCUCUUCAUGAUUGAUCGAUUCUUAAGGUUCUUACAAUCAAAGGGGAAUGUACGAUUGAUUUCUACACGUGUCCUUCCAUGUGAAACCCUCGAGCUCAACUUCUCCAAGAGCCAAGUUUUGAAUUAUACGCCAACAAGCAUCAUGUUUAUCAAUGUCCCAAGCAUUUCAAAGGCUCAGUGGCAUCCAUUCACAAUUAGUUCAAGCAGCAAUUUAGAGCCUGGGAGCCUAAGUGUUAUGAUCAAAGGCGAAGGAAGUUGGUCUAAGAAGCUCUACCAAAUGUUAUCAUCCCCAAAUCCUGUCGAUCGGCUUGAUGUGUGCAUUGAAGGACCGUAUGGCCCCGUCUCUACUAAUUUCCUAAGGCACGAUAUGCUAGUGAUGGUGAGCGGAGGAAGUGGCAUAACUCCAUUUAUUUCAAUAUUUAGGGAACUUGUUUUCACCACAGAAACCUUAAAGCGUAAAGCUCCCAAAAUUCUCUUGAUAAGUGCCUUUAAAGACUCUACUGAUCUCACUAUGCUAGAAUUGCUCUUGCCGGCGUCCGGUGUACCUAAAGAGUUGUCAAAACUGGAUCUACAAAUUGAGGCCUAUGUGACAAGAGAGAAGCAACCCAUGACCACUGAUAAGAAACAAGUGAGGAGUAUAUGGCUGAAACCUAACACCUCUGAUGCACCCAUAAGUCCGAUUUUAGGACAAAAUGGAUGGUUAUGGCUUGGUGCAAUCAUAUCGUGUUCUUUCGUUCUUUUCCUUCUGUCUAUGGGACUUUUAACGCAAUUCUACAUCUACCCUAUUGAUAAAAACACCAAUAAAAUUUACUCUUUAGGGUCAAGGGCUGCGCUGAAUAUGUUGCUCAUUUGUGCUUCUAUCAUGCUAACAUGUAGUAUUGGGUUUUGGUGUAAUAAAAAGAACAACGCAAUGGAUUCAAAACAAAUUCAGAAUAUGGAAGGAGUGACACCCAUUAGUUCACCAAAUUCAACGUUUAACAACACAGAUAGAGAACUAGAAAGCGUGCCUCAACAAUCACUCCUUCAAUCCACAAAUAUCCAUUUCGGUGAAAGACCGGAUCUUAAGACCAUAUUGUUUGAGCAAAAAGAGUCGAGUGUUGGAGUUCUGGUAUGUGGGCCAAAGAAGAUGAGGCAUGAGGUUGCGAACAUAUGUUCAUCAGGCUUGGCUUCCAACUUGCAUUUCGAGUCCAUAAGUUUUAGUUGGUGAUUGGUUGACUUUUCCUAUUACCAAAAGAUGGAGUGCAAUAAGGUCUUCUCUCCUGUCAUGACAUCCACUCGUGCUUCUAAAGUUCAAAGGUCUCAAAAAGAGAAAUGAGUAUUACAAAUCCGGAAGAAGGGUGUGAAUCUUUUCCUAUUUUGUGAAGUUUCAUUGUAUAAAUAAACACUAGCAAUUAAAUGUUUUACUGAUCUUUCCAGAUUUAUAUGAUUUAAAUUUUGUGAA